UGUAACCAGCGCGGGCGGAUACAUUGUGUCCCGUUUAUUGAGAUCCCGCCGCCGCCAGUGUGUGCGUGUGUGUCCGUGUCCCGUGGAGUUUCCUUAUUACGCGCUGAGCUGGUCUCCAUGGAAGGAAGACCCUGGUGAUUAUUUGGGGGAGGAGAGGAGAUCGCCUUCUCCCCAACGCCCGCCUGGAUGUUUCCUCGAGGAAGCUUGGAAAGAACUUUGGCCCGGGAUUGAGCAAGACAGACAGACAGACGGUGGAGGGGGGGAGAGAAGAGGCCGCGAGCAGACGGCCUGGGAUGCUGCCGGGGCGCGCUUUCCGAUCGGGGCUCUGAGGGUAGCGAUCAAGUCGUCCUGUCCGAUGAGCUGCGGGCCUGCGGAGGCGACCCAGGGGUUACUGCAAGGGGGAGCCGUGUUUUGAUUUUUGCCCCGUCUGCGGUGCUGGGUGGGUCUGGGGAGGGAAGUGCUGGUGGGGGGCGGCGGCGGCGGCAGCUUUUCCUUUGCAACUCUCCGAACGAGGAAGGGGUGGUGGAGGAUUUCCCUCUUUCCCAAGUCGGGCCGCUUUGCGCCCACGAUCCAACUCCCCACUCGGCCCUGUUCCCCCGAUUUCCUUCUCCGUGUCCCGUGAGUGACCUGGCCUUGUAUCUUUCUCCCGGCGCCGGGAACAGCGCGGCCUUUUGUACUGGGACUCCUUCGCGGUGGCAGUCGAGUCCCUCCGUUGGACCGGGCACUUGAUUGAGUUGGAUUUCCCCCUCGGAUCGAGUUUUUUCAAAAGAGCCUUUGGUUCUGCUCGGGCUUUCUGGUCUUACAAGUGCAUCUUGCAAGUUCAAAACCGGCCAAGGAAGGGGAGGUUUUUUUAAUUAUUAUUUUUGUACUGCCCCCUCCCCCAAAUAAAAAGGCGAAAGAAAGAAAAAAACAGCCAAAGGAGCAGCAACGGGGGCAUCGACAAGGAAGAUCCAUCCCAACCCGGACGUCUUUCGCGGCCUUCUUGCCUGGCCAGAUCGCCCGGUGACUGACUUUCCUCCCCCUAUAAAAGCUAACAACAAAGGAAGCGGCUGGGCUCGGGCUGGAGGAAGGCGGCGCGCGGGCAGGAGGAUGAUCCUGCAGCUGAGCCGCGAGGCUGAGUAGCGUGCUCCCCGCGCCUCUCCCGCCGGCUGCCUGCCUGCCUGCCUGCCUUGUGUUUUGUUUUCUCGGGUUCCGUCAAAUUCAGGGAUUGGGUCGAGCGUUGAGCUGCGAAGGAGCAAAACAGAAGCCAGAGCCAUGUUCCCUCAGAGUCGGCAUCCCACGCCACACCAGGCUGCAGGACAGCCCUUUAAGUUCACCAUCCCAGAGUCUCUAGAUCGAAUCAAAGAGGAGUUCCAGUUCCUCCAAGCUCAGUAUCACAGCCUUAAAUUGGAAUGUGAGAAGUUGGCAAGUGAAAAGACAGAAAUGCAAAGGCACUAUGUGAUGUACUAUGAAAUGUCAUAUGGAUUAAAUAUUGAAAUGCACAAACAGACAGAAAUUGCCAAGAGAUUGAAUACAAUCUGUGCACAAGUCAUCCCAUUUUUGUCUCAAGAACAUCAACAGCAAGUGGCUCAAGCGGUAGAACGUGCCAAACAAGUGACCAUGGCUGAGCUGAAUGCCAUCAUCGGGGUACGUGGCCUUCCAGGUCUACCUCCUACACAACAGCAGUUGCAGGCUCAGCACCUCUCGCAUGGCCAUGGACCUCCAGUGCCUCUAACCCCACACCCAUCAGGACUACAGCCUCCCGGAAUUCCUCCGCUUGGGAGCAGUGCGGGCCUUCUUGCUCUCUCAAGUGCUCUGGGUGGGCAGUCUCACUUGGCAAUAAAAGAUGACAAGAAGCACCACGAUCCAGACCACCACAGAGACAGAGAUCCGGGCACAAGUAAUUCACUCUUGGUCCCAGAGAGCCUGCGGAGCGCAGAUAAACGUAGGAAUGGGCCUGACUAUUCCAAUGACAUGAAAAAAAGAAAAGUGGAUGAUAAGGAUUCAAGCCAUUACGACAGUGACGGGGACAAAAGUGAUGACAACCUAGUUGUGGAUGUGUCCAAUGAGGACCCUUCAUCUCCACGAGCAAGUCCUGCUCAUUCCCCACGUGAAAACGGCAUAGACAAAAAUCGCCACUUGAAAAAAGAUGCCUCUAGCAGCCCAGCAUCCACUGCCUCAUCAGGGAGUUCCACUUCCAUGAAAUCCAAAGAAAUAGGUUUGCAUGAAAAAGCUAGCACGCCGGUUCUGAAAUCCAGCACACCAACUCCACGAAGUGAUGUGCCAACUCCAGGAACUAGUGCUACGCCAGGGCUUCGUCCAGGACUUGGCAAACCUCCAACAAUGGACCCUCUGGUCAACCAAGCUGCUGCUGGUUUGAGAACGCCUCUCGCUGUACCUGGGCCAUACCCUGCUCCUUUUGGAAUGGUACCUCAUGCUGGCAUGAAUGGAGAACUGACCAGUCCAGGAGCCGCCUACGCCAGUCUACACAACAUGUCCCCCCAAAUGAGUGCUGCUGCAGCUGCAGCCGCUGUGGUUGCCUAUGGGAGAUCCCCUAUGGUUGGGUUUGAUCCUCCGCCUCAUAUGAGAGUACCUGGCAUCCCUCCAAAUCUGGCUGGAAUCCCUGGAGGAAAACCAGCGUACUCCUUUCACGUCACUGCAGAUGGUCAGAUGCAACCAGUUCCUUUCCCCCCAGAUGCUCUCAUUGGGCCAGGAAUACCUCGGCAUGCUCGCCAGAUCAAUACUUUGAACCAUGGGGAAGUGGUGUGUGCAGUUACCAUCAGCAACCCAACCCGACAUGUAUACACUGGUGGGAAGGGCUGUGUCAAAGUCUGGGAUAUCAGCCAACCUGGCAACAAGAGUCCUGUUUCACAGCUGGACUGCCUGAACAGAGAUAACUACAUUCGAUCUUGUAAAUUGCUCCCCGACGGAUGCACCCUGAUCGUCGGUGGGGAAGCCAGCACGUUAUCCAUUUGGGACCUGGCAGCCCCGACUCCACGUAUCAAAGCGGAGCUGACGUCCUCUGCUCCUGCCUGCUAUGCUCUUGCAAUCAGCCCUGAUUCCAAGGUCUGCUUCUCCUGCUGUAGUGAUGGAAACAUAGCAGUGUGGGAUCUUCAUAAUCAAACGCUGGUCAGGCAAUUCCAGGGCCACACAGAUGGAGCCAGCUGUAUUGACAUUUCUAAUGAUGGUACCAAGCUCUGGACGGGAGGUCUGGAUAACACUGUGCGAUCCUGGGACUUGAGAGAAGGGAGACAGCUACAGCAGCAUGACUUCACAUCCCAGAUAUUUUCCCUUGGCUAUUGUCCCACUGGUGAAUGGCUGGCUGUGGGAAUGGAGAGCAGUAAUGUGGAAGUGCUGCAUGUAAUUAAACCAGACAAAUAUCAGCUUCAUCUGCAUGAGAGCUGUGUGCUGUCACUCAAGUUUGCUUACUGCGGCAAAUGGUUUGUAAGUACUGGAAAAGACAACCUCUUAAAUGCGUGGCGGACCCCAUAUGGUGCCAGUAUAUUCCAGUCCAAAGAGUCGUCUUCUGUGCUUAGCUGUGAUAUCUCCGUUGAUGAUAAAUACAUAGUUACCGGCUCUGGAGACAAGAAAGCUACUGUCUAUGAAGUUAUCUACUGACAAAUUAUGUUGAAAACGUAAAGUGUUGAACUGGGCCAAACUUAAUUUGUAGACUUAGAAAGACUUUUGCCUUUUUUUAAUUAAAAGAAUAAAAAAGGAAGAACUUGGUUUCAACACCUUCAUAUGAUGCUAUUCCACACAUAUUAAAACAGAAGGCAACUUUUUUUUGGCAUCCAGCUACUGGACCAAUGUGAAGCAAGAAGGCAAGAUGGAAUAAUGUAGCAUAGUUUUGAUGGAUUUUAAAAGCAGAGUCUGCUGAAGAUUGUUGCAGCCUUUUGGAUUUCCCCCUUUUUGACCUCAUAAAAAUCAUGCUCAUUGCUUGAAUAUGUUGGAUUAUGUUUGAAUACCUGCAAUUCCACGUGCAUUCUGUCUUGUGUAGAACAGUGGUAUCUUGGAUAAACUUGUUUCCUGUUUUUGCCUCUUGGGAUAUGGGUUUUUGUAUUAUUAUUUUUGAAGAUCAAACAUUUGUACAAAUUGUAAAUAUAUUUGGUUUAUUACAGUA